UUCUCCAUUGGAUCAGAACCUCCCCAGGAAUUUCCCACUGCUCUCCGUCUCUCUCUCUCGUUGUUUAUACAUUAUAUAUUGUUCAUAAUCUGAGAGAAUUGGCCGAAUUUCGACUCCGAUUCCAUUGCUUUGUCUUGCAAAUCCGUUUCCUCGAUUCAAUUUUCGCUCUAGAAGCCAUGAAAAUUGGGACUACACUCAUCGUUUUCUUCUCGCUUCUGCUGUUUUCCCUACAUUUGUCUUCAAUCUCGGCCCAAGAAGUUGAGGAUGAGAGGGAAUUUGAUUACAGAGAAGGGAGUGAGAAAGGGCCAAGACAUUGGGGAAAGAUAAAGAAAGAGUGGGAAGCUUGUCAUAAUGGGGUUUUGCAAUCUCCCAUAGACUUAUCCAGUCAGAGAGUGAAGAUUGUUCCGAAGCUUGGAGUCCUGAAGAGAAGCUACAAACCUUGCAAUGCAACGGUCAAAAAUAGGGGCCAUGACAUUUCUAUAUAUUGGGUUGGCAAGGCAGGAUCAAUCAAGGUAAACGGCGUUGUUUAUGAUCUUCAACAAGCGCAUUGGCACUCACCUUCAGAGCAUUCCAUCAAUGGAAGAAGGUAUGACAUGGAACUCCACAUGUUUCACCAAAGUUCUGAUCCCAAUGGGAAGAACAAGAUUGCUGUUGUUGGUCAACUCUAUACAACUGGCAAACCAGACCCUUUUCUCGCACAGUUCAGUAAGCAAAUAAGCUACAUGAUUGAUCGAGAGCAUGAAAUGGGGAUUGGAGAGAUAGAUCCUGCAGAUAUCAAGUUUGGUGGUAAUAAGUACUACAAAUACCUUGGUUCUCUCACUGUUCCUCCCUGUAGUGAAGGUGUAAUUUGGGUCAUAAACAAGAAGAUAAGAACAGUUUCAAAAGAGCAAGUGCGACUUCUGAGAGAAGCUGUUCAUGAUUAUGCAGAGCGCAAUGCAAGGCCAUUGCAGCCGCUCAAUAACCGGGAAGUCCACAUCGUAUCGACCUCUCCAAGAUCUUGAACCUGAUCACAUGGACACCAUCUUCAUUGAAUGUCAAGGUCCCUGUUUUAUAAUAUUUUGGUGAAAAAAAUAUAUAAAUUUAUCACUAUCCUUCUUAUAAAAAAUAUUAUUAUCCAUCAUCAAUGAUUUUGUUCUUCAUGAUAA